GCAGGGGCCCCAUGACGCCGGCCACCGUUGCCACCUAUUUUUGAACCCAAAUACUAAGCAUGAUUAUCGGCCUUUCAGACUUCGAACCAUAAAGAAAACAUGGCCAAUACACAAUUCUUUCCUUGCUCACCUUGACGCUUAUGGACUACAAGGUUUUGAUAGGCUCACAUCAUGCGAUGACCAAGUACGUUCGGACCCAUCCCUUUUGACAUCCCUCGUUGACCGGUGGAGACCUGAAACCCACACCUUUCACUUUCGUUUUGGGGAGCUUGCACCUACACUGAAAGAUGUUUCUAUGAUCACUGCUCUACCAAUUAGAGGUGAGCCGUUAGUCUCUCCACGAGUAUCUCCAUCUUGGGCAUUAGAUAUAGCAGCCCGUCUUGGGAUGGAAAUGCCAGAAUCACAAUGUUCUGGUGGCCCUCGGGGCAUCCCACUCGUCUGGCUUCGUGAUAACUUUCUUAUUUUAUCUAGCUUCGCCAAUGAGGAGACGAGAAAAAGACAUAUGUUUGCGUAUUUGUUGUGGCUCCUCGGGAAUCUGUUUCCAAAUUCACAUGGGGACGUAGUUAUCCCUGGUCUCAUCUACAUUGCAGAGAAUAUGGUAGAUGAACCUUUACCGGAGCAGCCAAAAUACAGCUUCGGUUCUGCCAUGCUAUCUCAUACAUAUAGAGGCUUGUGUGAUGCCACACAAAAAACCUCUUUCGCACAAAAAGCUCCAUUACUUUGUGUCGCCUACGAGUUUCUACAGUUGUGGUCCUGGGAAUACCUCCCUGUAGGACGACCUCGUAUAGUACAACCCGUACACCCAUACGACUUUAGCGAGGGUGACAGUGCAACUAUGGCCACCAGGUGGACAAAGGCAUGGAAACGUUGGUCUCCAGAUAUUGCGAAAAAUUGUUACCCUAUGUACCACCAGCAGUUUGAGAUACUUGAUGUGGCAGAAGUCACAUGGAACCCAUGGACUCAGGACCAGCUACAAAUGGUCUUUGAUGCUCGACCCUUCACACUAGGCAUGUUGAGCGAUAGUGCAUUCUGGCUGACUCGCUGCAACUUAUUGUUCCUGUGGUGUGUUGAGCCUUACAACCCAGAGCGUGUAAUGAGACAGUUCGGUCUCUAUCAAGAAAUUCCACCCCCUUUUUCAAGACGUAUCAAUGAGGAAACCCAUAAGCUAACCAAUAUGGGCAGGGGUUGGAGUUUAUACAAUUGGAGGGAACAGAACAUCGAAUGGCUACACAAGUGGGAAAAUGAAGCGCUAGCAGAUAUAGUGCAUCAACUUAGACCAUACAGAUCAAGCGUACAAGCAGUGGUACUGCAUGAACACACGUGCUAGCCUGGCCAGUCAGCCAGCUACUAUACCAACACAUCUCACACAAGAGGAGCAGGCGCCGAGACAUGUUGAGCUGCAUGCAGCUUACUAUCGUGACCAGAUGGACAUACCUGAUGUUAAUUGGGGCGAUGAGAACACCCAACGUGGCGUCAACACAGGCGUCCAGGGAGCAUCACAUGAUCAUGGCGACACGGUUACAUCAUUAGUUACAGAGUUCUUCGGAGGGGACGUUAUUGGCCCAUCUUUUAUCCCUGCGGAGUCACAACCAUACGCCUACAAUUACGCUUCAGGUUCGCAACAAGGAUUCGCGACUCCACCACCUACGCAGGACUCGCAGACACAUGAAGCCGAAUUGGAGUACGGUCGCGGUCUUCGUGUAACUCGGCCACCUAAUCGCUUGUCGCCUUCCGGUCGUAAGGAAAGGCCAGGUGGUCGUUGUAAAGUAGGGUGAUUCAUCUAUCCACGUGUGCGACCCAUUGUAUCUACAUAUGUCAGUAUCAGACUUUUCGAUUUGAACAUCUAUGUAUGCUGAAAUAAAAAUGCACCAGUCAGGAACAAUU